AGGUUUUCCGGGAGGGGCGCGGGGAGGCGCGGGGAGGCGCGUCGAGCGCUGUCGCCGUGUCACGCCGCCUCCCUCUCCGCCGGAGCGCGCGGCAGAGGCGGGGCGCGUGGGGACGCGGGAGUGCGGGGUCCUGGGCGAGCCCCGCGUUGCGCGGAACCCGGCGCCGAGCCCUCUUCCCCGAGGCCGGAGCCGCGCCCCGCCAUGGAGCCUUCGCACAAAGACGCCGAGACGGCAGCGGCAGCCGCGGCGGCAGACCCCCGGGGGGCGUCGUCGUCCAGCGGGGUGGUGGUGCAGGUCCGCGAGAAGAAGGGACCCCUGCGCGCCGCCAUCCCCUACAUGCCUUUCCCGGUGGCCGUCAUCUGCCUCUUCCUCAACACUUUCGUGCCGGGACUGGGGACCUUCAUCUCGGCCUUCACCGUGCUGUGCGGGGCCCGCACUGACCUUCCUGACAGGCACGUGUGUUGCGUCUUCUGGUUGAACAUCGCCGCGGCCCUCAUCCAGAUCCUCACGGCCAUUGUCAUGGUGGGCUGGAUCAUGAGCAUCUUCUGGGGCAUGGACAUGGUCAUCCUGGCCAGGUACAAGGAGCAAGGCAUCCCACAACAGCUGUGAGCCCGCGGGAGCUGCCGAGUCCAGGGGGGCCCAUGAGGGUUGCAUCAGGCUGCUGUGGCCCCCAGGACCUUUCCAUAUUCUCUUCUGCCAUUUCC